AUGGGAGAGGAGGUGGCUGUGGACAUGCCACCGGUGCGGCUGCGCAACAGCACUAGUUCCACCCCAAAUGGCUCACACGAUGCGGCGCAGUUGCAGCAGCUGCGACGCCAGCUGGAAAAGGUGACGGCGAACCUCAAGGCCAUGACGAACGCGAAUCGCCGACAGAAAAAGGAGUAUCAACAGCAGCAGGCAGAGUGGCUGGUACUUUUUCACGAGUGUGAGGCUCGUCUGCAUAACGUACAAUUCAGCCAGGCUAGCCGAGAGCGACUCCUUUGUCACGAGCUCAGUGGCGCCAUCAAGCAGCUUCUCAGCGAGGUUCAGGCUCAGUCGGCGAAAGAGCGCGCCGUUGAACAGGCACAUGGGUGUGACAAGGCCGAGUGGGACACACAGCGCGUUGCGCUUCUGCGCGAACUGGAGGCUGCAAGAGCAGCGCUUGCCACUCAGCUCUCUGCCAACUCGGCCGAUGUCCAUAACGAAGAGGCUGACCUACUUCACGCCGAGCUGGAGACGCUGCGUCAGAGCUUUGCGAGUCAGCAGCGCAGUUUGGAGGAAAAGCUCAAGCAGACACAGUCUACCCUUCAGUUGACACAGUCAGAACUCAACCGGCACCUUCAAGAGAGGGACCAGCACAACUACUUGGUCGCCCAGUGCCGCCUUUUUAUUAAGCAGGUGUGCCAGCCUGGGUUCAGCGUUGUGAAAGGGCCAUCACUGGAGCCGGUGGAGAAGGAUCGCCCUGAACCAACGGGGUUCGUGCUGGUUCCGUUGGUGGUGCUGCUGCACGGCUACGCGCUUCUGCCCGAAGGCGACAGACAGGCGAUGAUCGACUACUACGAUGGAAGGGCGAAGUCUCUCAAGUAA